UACACUGACCCUUCAGACAACCUGAUAUAAGAUACUGACUGCUCAGCUCUGAGACAUGGCAAUAUAAUUAAAUAUAUAGAGAGUCUGAUGUACAAGAAUUAGUUUUAGACUGCAGAGACAGCCUGAGAUCUAGUUAUUACAGCAUAUAGGCUGCUGGGAUAUAGUAGAGAACAUAUAGACUGCUGAUAUUAGUUAUAACCUUCCAUAGACAAUGAGAAAGCUGAGAUAUAGUAAUAUGAUCAUACAGACUGCUGAGACAGCCUAGGACACAAUUACAUUCUAUAGACUGCUGAGACAGCCCCAGAUACAGUAAUGAGAUUUAUAGACUGCUGAGACCCCCCCGACAUGCUGCUGUGAAAUGGAUAAUAGUAGUAAUAGUGCAUUUGCCUUGCGCUCUCAGAUGCUCUUCUGCCCUCGCCCCCAGCCAGGACAUGUCUUCUGGGCUGGCGGAGGAGCUGAGAACUCUCCUAGAUGGGGGAGCUGUCCCUCUUCCUGACAAGUAUGACCUGGCCCCGGAGAGGCCGCAGCCCCUGAAACUGAGGCACAGCGUAUGCUACAUCGUCAUGGGGGUUUUAUUGAACGAGCAGGGCGAGGUGCUGAUGAUGCAGGAGGCCAAGCCAGAGUGCUGGGGAAGCUGGUACCUGCCAGCUGGGCGGCUGGAGAGAGGAGAGACCUUGGUAGAGGGGCUGUGCCGAGAGGUCCAGGAGGAGACUGGGCUGCUGUGCCAGCCUCUCACCCUGCUAGUGGUGGAGGAGAGAGGAGCCUCCUGGGUGCGAUUUGUGUUCCUUGCUCUGCAGACAGGUGGCACUCUGAAAUCUACGGCCUCAGCAGACAAAGAGUCUCUCCAAGCCUCGUGGUGGGACACCGUUUCAUCCCUGCCCUUGCGCAGCAGAGAUAUUCUUCCCCUCAUUAAGCUGGCUUUGGAAUACCACCGCUUGCCGUCCCACCCUUCCAUCCUGCCUCAGCUGUGCCCUUCACCCUUCCUUGUCCUGCGGCUGAUACUAAUUUGUUUGAGUCCACAAGGAGAGGUUUGGGUCCUACAGAGCUCCACGGAACCUGUGCACCUCCCCACCACUGUAUGUGCCACCCGCGGCAGGAGCAUCCUCACCCCCCUGUGUAAUCUUCUGCAACAUCCUCCCAAAUCUUAUGGCAUUUUGGGAGUACAGCACCAAGGUGGGGAUGAAGCAGAUGGAGUGUGUUUUAAUAUCAUGGGGGUAUUCCAUGGCUUAGAACCACCCGUAGUCAGCAGAGAUGGCAUGAGCUGGGUUGCAGUUGAAGAUGAAGGGCUGAAAAGUAGACUGACAGAGACCUUGGAGAAGAACACAUUGCUGCCUCUAUAUAGCUGACACCCAAGGACACAACUGAAAAGAAAAUGGCAUAUAUACGCUGGAGUGCUCCGUACAAACAUUACCCGACACCUAGCUUUCAUCUGAACAAGGUCUGACUGGUGCACACAUCGGACCGGCUUUAUUAAAGUAAUGAUUGUGACAAGGAUUCAGGUCAGAGUGGCUGACAGCAUUGCCACAGAUCACUAUCACCGAGUGACUUACUGCCGAUAGGCACUAACCCUUGCAUGGUCUGUUCUAGCACUGGCGUCUUCCUUUACUCCCUGCAUCAGCUUCUCACCGGGAGACACAAAGUUCUGGCCAGAGAAUAUGAACGACGGUUCUCCGUCUCUCUAGAUGGCCAUACUCGCUAACGCUGCCUCAUACAGUGCCUGGCCCCCCGCAGUGACCUGCACUGAGAAAUCAGGUGGGAGUGAAUAAAGUCAGAAACUGCUCACAUUCACUGCAUGAUUCUGGCGGGGAACCCUUUGCUGUGCUUCCCAACAAAGUAACUGCCCAGGUCAGGGCUUUACCAUGCAUCUAUGCUGAAUGCCAAUGUCCGCAGGGAAUGCUGAGUGGUCACGGACAGUCUUUAUAGCCUACAGUAAAUCAAAUUGUCGCUGAAGUUGUCUUCUGUCUUCUCGUUUACACAAUAAAUGUAAGUUAUACAUAUUGUGCAUGUCAAAGUAGUGACGUCUACAGAUGUGUAACAGUUGGUAUGUUC